AUGUUCCCUCCGGAAAACCGCUUGGACAUCCCCAUCAUAGAAGUAUCAACAUUACAAGGGUGUGACCCUGAUCGUCAGGCCCGACUAGGCGAAGUCUUUGAAUCGUUGCGGCAAGAAGGGUUCCUAAUCGUCGCAUCGGGCAUGGCUGUCCACUCAUUCCCUUCGAUACAUAUAAUGCGGGAAACCUCUACCAAAGAAGAUAAAGAAACCACCGCAACGAAGAUCCUAGCAGAGUCUGGGGCUUUCGACACUCACCUUUGGGAAACAAUAGAGGAACUGUACGAGUUCAAGCGCUUGUACCCCACUGUCGAGCAUUUCACACCGCUUUUGGUUGCAGAUGGAGCGGCUAGUAAAGACGCGCUUGGUUAA